UCAAAUACAACGUCUGUUUGAGUUUGGAGGGAAAAUAUUGAUGAGCAGCGAUGAAGCAGGUAAAUACAUUAAUUUCCACAUUCACUUCUCCAAAUACAAGUUCAAAGUAAACCAGGCUAAUAAGAUUCAUAGUGGGAGGGUAGAAAGCCCUGUAUCUACCAUUCAGACGCAUUUACUCCAACCAGAAGCCAGAGAAAGAGAGAGCGGGCGACAAACAGCCAGUAAUGGUCAUCCACACACAAGUAUGCAUGUAGGUGUGGUGUAAAGAACAAGAGUUGUGUCUGAAGCAUGGAGUUAAGCCCAGUGUAAUUCCAGGUGCGUACAAGAGCGUCAUGGAUAAAGCGAAACUAGCGCAGCUGAGAUCAGUGCUAGGGAAUGUCGGGGACGCGCAGACACCGGUGCCUUUACAGUCUGUUUUUCGUCGUCGUGAUGCUUUAGCGAUGUAGGUUUUCGAGACGCACAGGUGGGAGCGCCGUGUCUUCACACUAUAGUGCACUUGUUUCUCUUUCGGACUUCCACUGAUCGGUUUGGGUGAAACAACAGACUAAACAUGGAUACGCCGAGGGAAACCAGGAAACAAACAAUCAAAGCCAAAUCAACCAAGCGCAAGAUUAAGACGCACAAGUCCCAGAAGCUGUUCCGAAGGAAAUCGCUAAAAUCGCUUGGAAAUUUUAUGAGCAGGAUUGUCAAAACUUUGGGGACUUUGGCACACUUGGGGGACGCGGACCAGCCGGACGCGGCGGAGGAGGAUGAUGGUGGGUUUGGAGACACUCUGAGCGCCCACAACUCUGGGAAUCACCGAGAGAGCUCGCUGAGGAAGACCGCUGCGCCCUCAUCUUCUUAUGGGUCUGUCAAAGAAAGACUGUCCUGCUGUUACGGCGAGAAAACUCCGGGAGUUCAGGGUCUGAAGAACCAUGGAAACACCUGUUUCAUGAACGCCGUGGUGCAGUGCUUGAGUAACACGGAACUUCUGGCAGAGUAUUUGGGUCUGGAGCAGUAUAAAUGUGAAUUCAAUGAGCGGAAGAUCAACGGGACGAUGAAGAGUGAGGAGGUCAGGGGGGAGGUGACGGAGAAGCUGGCAUCGCUAGUGAGGGCGCUCUGGACGCUCGAUUACACGCCUCAGCUCUCAGUGGAAUUUAAGAGUGUUGUGUCCAAGUAUGGCUCUCAGUUCAAGGGGAACGCUCAACAUGAUGCUUUGGAGUUCCUGCUGUGGCUUCUGGACAGUGUACAUGAGGACGCCAGCCUCUCCACCAACAACAACCACAACGGCAAAACCAAAUCAUCCAGCAAGGGUCCUGUGGGAUUGGAAGAGAGUUCAUGCCCUGGCCCAGCAAACUCACAGCAGCCUGGAGCUCGACACAGUUUCGUACAAGAGCACUUCCAAGCUCAGUACAGGUCAUCAUUGACGUGCCCUCAUUGCCUUAAACAGAGCAACACUUUUGACCCUUUCCUGUGUAUUUCACUUCCAAUCCCACUGCGACAGACCAGCUCUGUGAUUUUGACAGAGAUUAACUCAAAUGGGUUCCAGCGCUCUUUCUCUGAUGAAGAUGAUAUGACGAGUAUCUCAGAGAGUGAUGUCAUCUACACCUUCCAGGCUCCACCCCUCUUCACAAGAGGACGCUCCAUGCGAUUCUCAGGGUUCCAUCACUCCCUCCCUUCCUCGCCAUACACUGCAGAGCCUGAAGGUCACAGGUUACCACCCUCAGGGACGUUAUCGUCAGAAUUCUUGAAUCAGGGUGGUUCUUCAAAGAUCCUCCUGUUAAUCUGCAAUGUUGCUGGGUCUGGCCAACAAGCUACAAGGUUUGGGCCUCCAAUCCUGGAGAGAGUAGAAAGGACUCUGUCUUGGGAUCAUCUGCAACAGUGUGUCUGCAAUAAGCUUUACUUAUUUCAGAAAAAUACAAUCAUAAAGACUACUGAACUGUUUAGGAUUCGUGUGGUGGGUGGGUCGGCUUCCUGCAGUUACCUGUCUCCCCACGACAGCAGACCUCUGUGCCACCCAACCGUGGAUAGGGCCCUGAAAUUAUGCGGUCCUGGUGGUCCUCUGCAUGUGAAGCUUGUGAUUGAAUGGGAGAACAGAAUCAAAGAAUGUCUCUUUGGUAACAUUCAAGAGGAAGUUAUUGAGGAUGCAGAGAGUGUGAGAAUCCAGCAGCAGAAUCAUGUACAGCAGCACAGCUGCACGCUGGAUGAGUGUUUUCAGCUCUACACUAAAGAGGAGCAGCUGGCGCCAGAUGAUGCGUGGAAGUGCCCCCACUGUAAGCAGAUGCAGCAGGGUAUGGUGAAGAUGAGCUUAUGGACCCUGCCUGACAUCCUCAUCCUGCACCUCAAGCGUUUUCGCCAGGUGGGCAAACGGCGAAACAAGCUCUCCACCCUCAUUCGCGUUCCGAUAAGCGGUCUGGAUAUGACUCCCCAUGUGGUGAAACGCAGUCAGAGCAUGAAGAAUCUGGCCCCGUGGCCUGCAACUUGGAAACAUGGCGAUACUGACUUCCUUUAUGACCUGUAUGCAGUCUGUAACCACCACGGAGGCAUGCAUGGAGGCCAUUACACAGCCUAUUGUAGGAACUCCGUGGAUGGCCACUGGUACAGUUAUGACGACAGCAGUGUGGAGAUUGUGCCAGAGGAGGAACUGUGCACACGAGGGGCAUAUAUCCUGUUCUACCAGAGAAGAAAUGUCAUCCCACCCUGGUCCGCCAACAGCUCGGUCAGAGGUUCCACCAGCUCCUCUAUGUCAGAUCACUGGCUCAUCCGUUUGAAUGGUGACAGUAAAAGAGGAAGUAUGGUAUCACGGUCUUCCACAACAUGCCCUUCUUCCAUCCCAGACUCCCCAGAGUCUCCCGUCUUUCAAAAUGAACCCUCAAUAGAAGAGAGAGUGUCUCUAGGUGGUUUUGAAAGCAGACCUUUAGUGCGAGGAAUCCAAGGGCGUAGCGUAAGCAUGAAAAGUCCCACCAAGACCAAAAUGCUCCCACUGCGAUGGUCCUUUGGAAACAAAGACCGCCACAAACCUGCCCAGGCUCCUGGCCAGGCUCCUGCAGAGCUGGUGGAGUAUUUAGAGUCUGGCAGAAGGCCAAGAUGCACCAAAGACCCCAUUGUUGCCCUAAUGACUCGACCUUCCGAUAAAGAAAGCGGUAAAGAAGAAGAUACAAAAAAAUCCACAGCCAAAUCUACAAGCCACAGCAGCCUCGGACGUCCAGAGUUUCUCAAAAUACCACGGAGUCAAGAAAGAAGUAGCUCAGAGAAAGCAAUGGGCCAACAACCCAGCAGCAGCAGUAGACCAAGAGAAGAUGGAACUUUGACCAGACGGAGCAGCAGAAAAUCAAAACAGGACAAAUCACAGUCCAGAAACAGCUCCGGCACAGAGAUCCAAUCCAGUUCCAGUGGUCCAAGCGGGUGGGAAACAGCGCAGAGGGAUGAUCCAGGCGAGGAGCGACAACAUCUGGAGGAGAAACAGAGAAAAGGGCAGGAGACAAAACAUCACGACAGUGUCUUUGCUUUUCUUAAAGGUGGUUUCAUGAAGAAAGACUCGCUUCGGAGGUCUCGAGACAGUGAAUCUGUGAAAAGGGGUGACGCAGAGGUGAAAAGCCCAUCUGGAGUUUCACUCUCCAAUGGGACACACAAAAAAACUUCAGAAGGUAAAGCUAAUAGCACUAACCAAGUUCGUAGCAGACUCGGAGAUGAAUUUGCAAAUGGCAAGGUGAGUCGUGGGUCAUCAGACAUCAAACGCUCACAAAGUUCUUCCAAUAUUCAAAGCAAGGCCGAUCUAAGCUUAAGAAGGACGGCAUCUCUACACAGGAACGGCACGUCAGCGGCUCAGCCGCAGAGCAUUCCUAUGGACAGGGGCUCUCAGAACACCCUGCAACGCACACGCUACAGCACAAACUCACUGGGUAGAAAGAAGGCAGUCCCUGAAUCGAGCUUCUGAGACUUACACCCAAGUAUCACAACAACGUAGCAAAUAUCUAAAAGCCCACGUAAGAACUAUGUUGAGAAAGUAAGGUUUGAAAUGAUGGCAGCACACUAUGAAGUUGCACAUACAUUUGGAAUAAGUGGAUGAUAUUUUUGUUCACUUUUCUCUGCUUAUAUGAAGUGCCUCUGAACCAGAACUAUUUUUUUUAUUUUUGUCAGAUUGUGUUUUGGCACUGGAAGUACAUUACACACUGGCCUCUGCACCAUGAUUUUGAAUUGAAAAAUGAUUUGCCUCGGAUUUGAUUUUUAUGUGCCACUAAAUAGAUUUAUCACCUGUAAUACAUGAAGGGAAUCGCUAUAUAUAUAUAUAUAACUUUUAUGAUUCUGUAGCUUGUACUGACUGGCUGCUAACCUCUCAUGGGUUUUCAUGACAUUUAUCAAAGAUGUCAGUUCUUGCACUUUCAGUGAAUUUAUUGCACCACUGUCUGACUUAAUCAUGCUCUCCGACCAAAACAUAAAGCUUAUUAAUUUUUGCUUGCUUUGCAGUAUGCAUUAAGACAUUUACGUAUAAAAUUAUCUUUAAAAAGUAUGAAAUCUAACAGAAUCUAAAGGGGUGAGAUACAGUAUCUUUCUAAUGCUCUAUCACAUAUGUACAAGGAUGGCAUGUUGACAACACAAUGUAUUAGACAGAACACCUUAGUAAAACACUGUCAUUCUGAAAAGCACAAUCACAACAACAUCACCUUAUCACCAGUGGUUUAAUCCAUCGCCUAAACCUAGUUUGAAUGCAGUAACAAGAAGCUGAUUAACUUAAAGGAUAGUACACCAAAAAAUGUAAAUUGUCAUUGUUUUCUCACCCUCAUGUUGUUCCAAACAUGUUUGACUUUUUUCAUUAAUAGACCACAAACAAGAUAUGUUAAGCAGGAUGUCCAUGCUGCUCUUUUCCAUUCAAAGAAAGUUAAUGGUAACCAGCAACUAUCAAGCUCCAAAAUGAUGACACCAUUAAGCCUUUAAAGCCUAUUUGAUACAUUUACAUUACCUCUAAAUUAUCUAUAUAAUCAAAACAUCACUAACAAACCUGUUCUACUUGUCCAACACAUUUGUCUGCCCUCUGAUUGAUGGUAUGUGCUUUUUAGCAAGUAUAAGGCCUUUUAGUAUAAUUGUAAAAAUGUCCACCUUCUGUUCGUGGUACAUGUCUUUUUGCUGUGAAAUCUAGAUUCUUAUAAAGUAAAUUUAAGAAUUACAUUUAUAGUGUUAUUAAUGUUUCAAUACUGGACGGAAGUUAGGUUUACACACACACACACACACACACACACACACACAGACACAAGUAUUAGUUAAUAAUGAUAGUCUUAAAUUCUUUUAAAAGUGCUUUUUUUUCUCACACAAAUUCAUCAUAUGGCUUCAGAACACUUGACAUUUAUCAGACUUGUAAGAUGGGCUACUUUUAGUGUGCUGUUCGAUAUAUUUGUAGGUUGACACCCCCAGUCAUCAUUGACUUUCAUUGUAUGAAAAAGAGCAGUGUGAAUAUUCUGCUAAAG